AAGCUCGUGUUGCAUUCGUCGCCACUUUCAUUGGAUCCAAUCGGAUUUGGACUACCGAGCGGCGAUCAUCAAACGCAAGACUGUCGCGAUUCGGUGGCGAUAAAAAAAAAUGAAAUGGAUAAAUGUUCCCACUGAAAAGGAAAAGUGUUAUUAAUCAUUCCACGAGUGAUGUAAUGCGAAAAAAGUUUCGUUUCUGGAUUCUGUGGAAAACUCGGUCGUGUGCUAAUUGCCCCCGGAUUUAGGCCGAAUACAGUGAAAAGCUAAUUUCAUUUUGUUUGCCACAGCAGUGCUCGAGCGCGAAUGUUGCGUGUUAUAUAAUAUCGGAUGAGGAUGUAAGCUUUCGCGGAAAAAGAAAAGAAGAUAUUAUCAUCGUCGGUCAAAGUUGGCGCUGUUUGGCGUAGGUGGAAACUCGGAACUUGAAGGAUAAAUAAUAAAGUGCCGUGAUUGAGCAGGAGGUUCGCUAUUAUAUGCUUCGUUAGAGGUGAAUUUCAUUGGUGGUUCAAUGGACGGCUGGACGGUGUGAAUAGCUCUGCACUUUGCACCAUCAAAAACACAAACCACCAAAAUGCAGACCAACAGCACCGUUAGCACCAACCACAGUAGCGUUAGUAUUGUUGUUUAACAGAACUCAUCGAUUGCAACCAACCAGCAAGUCCGUGCACGUUCGUUACGCAUUAUAAACUUGCUCGUACAACACCCACAGUAGAGUUUGGCAACCAGUAUCGCGAAUUAGUGGAAUUUGCUGCGACCAUAAUGGCCAACACGGCGCAUUUAUUUCGCAGACAGAGCUCCCGGGACUUGAUUCAGCAGGCAACGGUUCGAAGCUUGGAUGAGCUUGAGUUGAGGGAACUCCGUAGUCGGCUGGUUCGAGCAGAAAACGGAAAUCGAAAUGUUGUAUAUGGAGCUACUAAUCAGGCCUUCAUUUCCGACAAUGACCCUCCGAUGGGAAGGAUUGUGGAUUUGGGUCCCAGCUCAGCGCCGCCCACGGCAACCGGACCUAUUGGGAAGUUUUCCAAGCAGACUUCAGUUAUCGAUCAGAUUGUUGAGGAGACGGUAGUGCCAGAACGGCCCGAGGAUGAACGUGAAAGUUGGGAUAGUAAGUGGACCUUCCUGCUGGCAACGAUUGGAUAUGCGGUCGGAUUAGGAAACGUUUGGCGAUUUCCCUAUCUAGCACAGAAGAAUGGCGGUGGAGCGUUCCUCGUUCCGUACUUCGUAAUGUUACUACUGCAAGGGAUUCCCAUCUUCUAUCUGGAACUAGCGAUCGGGCAACGUCUACGAAAGGGGGCCAUCGGUGUUUGGCACGAAGUAUCUGCCUAUCUUGGUGGGAUCGGUAUUUCAUCGGCCUUCGUAAGCUACAUAGUUGCACUGUACUACAACACCAUCAUCGCUUGGUGUUUGAUCUAUUUACUACACAGUUUCGAAUCACCGCUUCCCUGGGCAGACUGUCCCAAGCGAUUGUACAAGAACUUCACCUACGACGUUGAACCGGAGUGCGUGGUAUCUUCGCCGACCAAGUACUACUGGUACCGGGAAACGCUUAAGGUAUCGGCGAGUGUCGAUGAACCAGAAGGUGUGAACUACAACGUCGCCAUUGCACUGAUCAGCGCCUGGGGUUUGGUGUACAUGUGCAUGGUCCAGGGAAUCACCGAGUCGAGCAAGAUCGUUUACAUCACUGCCAUCUUCCCGUACGUGGUGCUGAUAAUAUUCUUUUUCCGGGGAAUCACUCUCAAAGGUGCAUCCGAUGGUGUCUUACAUCUGUUCACACCUCGUUGGGAGUCUAUUCUGGAACCAGUAGUGUGGUUGGAAGCAGGAACGCAGAUCUUCUUUUCGCUGGGACUUGCCUUUGGUGGGUUGAUCGCGUUCAGCUCCUAUAAUCCAGCGAACAACAAUUGCUACCGGGAUGCAUUGGUGGUGUCCUUUACAAACUGUAGUACGUCUAUGUUCGCUGGAGUGGUCGUCUUCUCCGUAAUCGGUUUCAAGGCUACAGCGAUCUUCGAUUCGUGUGUCGAGGAACGCACCGCUCUGCUGGCGGCGAAUAAAACAACUGACCUGCCGGUUUGCGAUCUACAGAAGGAACUCGAAAACAGUGCAUCCGGUACCGGUCUAGCGUUCAUCAUAUUCACAGAAGCCAUCAAUCAGUUUCCGGCGGCACAACUGUGGGCGGUUCUGUUUUUCAUGAUGCUGUUUACGCUGGGAAUCGACUCGCAGUUCGGAACGCUUGAGGGAGUCACCACCUCGCUGGUGGACAUGAAACUGUUUCCCAAUCUACCGAAAGAGGUCAUCACGGGGGGACUAUGCCUUUCUUGUUGCAUACUUUCAAUGUGCUUCGCCAACGGAGCCGGAAGCUACAUCUUUCAGCUGAUGGACAGUUUCGCCGGAAAUUACACAUUGCUGAUCAUUGCAUUCUGCGAGUGUGUUGGUGUCAGCUAUAUCUAUGGAAUUAAGAGGUUCGCCGACGAUAUCGAAUUAAUGACCGGUUCCCGGCCGGGUUUGUACUGGAUGCUUUGCUGGAAGUACAUCUCACCGAUUGCGAUGAUAACGAUUCUGGUAGCUUCCUUCGUUGAGCUGGCCUCCGAAGGUAGCAGCUAUCCGGGUUGGGAUGCUCUAACUGGCAACACUGAUCGGCUCGAGUGGCCCCACUGGUGCAUAGUGGUGGCCAUAUUGCUAAUACUAGUGUCAAUUUUGUGGAUUCCCGGUGUGGCAAUCUGUCGGUUAUGUGGGAUUAACAUCAUCGAAGACUCGGAACCUGCGUGGUUUCCGACAACCGAACUGCGAGACGUUCACGGAAUCGUUCCCCACGAACCGACUGAUCUGGAAAUUUCACUGUUCUGUAUUCGACCGGAUGGGUCGGAGGGGAUGUGUUGUCCUACGUAUGGACCACGAGAACAGCCGCUACAGGAGGAGGAGUAAAUGGGUAGGGUUUCCGACGAGCUGCCACUAGCGUGGCAGGUUGGGUUUUAUCUUACGAGUAGUAGUCCAUUAGACAAUAAGGGAAAUCCAGGUUCUAGUUCUGUGGUGGUUUAAACUUAACGUAUGCCUAUAGGAAGACAAUAUACAUAUAUAGUUAGAAAAGUUCAUCCCAUUUCGAAGGCAGCUUAGGAAAGUUUGUAAUUGAAAUCAUAAAGUAUACAGUCGGAUCGAAAAAACGGUGGUAUACAGAAACAGUUGCGCAGGAGAUGUUAUUUGGAUAUGUGCAUCAAGUUAUCUUACUUCCAUAUUUCAAAUUAAGCAUAUCUUACGAAUUCAUUUCUUCUUCGUACCUCCAUCAUUGAUCAACUGACAGAUUCAAUGCUGGUAGCAUCAAACGUUCCAAAAUCAAUAAUGCUUUAACUCUAGUACCGCUAGACAGUACUAAGCACCGCAUUUCAUUUUAUAUCCGCUUAGUUCCAUAGAAAAGGGGCGGAUAUUGCCUAGUUGGUAAAUCGAUUGCCUUAUACGCAGCUCACCUGAGUUCGAUUCCCAACACCGCAUAUUAUCCUUUCCGAAAAAAAGAGUAAAAUACCGUAAGCAGAGUUAAAAAUAAUCGAAGCUCUUUUUGACGGCUGAAAAUGAACCUGGCGCAACUCGCGGUGAAUAGAAAAAAUAUUCAUUCAAAUAUUCAUCCUUAUUCAUUCAGUUGAAUAUCGUACAGUAUAUUCAUUUCACUAAUUAUCUAGGAAAAUGUUUUAAAAUGCCGGUAAAGCAUAUGAAACAACAAUCAUCAUCGCUAACAUUGUGCCAGGGCCUACUUUGAUGCGUUUGAUUCGUUGCUGCGCGGUCGCUUCGUGUAAUAAUCGGAGACGAAUGAAAAUCUGCAUGGAUGAAUGGGCGGUUUGUUCGUUUGACGUUUUCAGCUGCGUCACUGAAUAUUGAAAAUGAAUGCGGCUGAAUAUGAUCAAUUUUCAUUCAAUGAAUUUGAAUAUUUUUAACUCUGACCGUAAGGUUAAAUCCUCGGCCCUAUUCUGCGCGGCGUGUGACGUGAGACGACUAAUCUCACCUCACUCUACGUGACUUUUCUCACCCAAUUCUGAAGAGUCACUUCGGGUAACGUGAGACGCCCAUUUAACUGCAAUGGAGAAUUUCAUCUCACCCGAGUCGACUCUCAGAAUCGAGCGAAAAAAGUCACGUAAAGUGAGGUGAGUUUAGUCACCUCACGUCACACGCCGCGCAGAAUAAGGCCGCCUGUAUCCAGCUUUUUACGUGCCAUAAUGGCGGCCAGUAUCGUCCAAUUCGUAAUAUGUCAACAGUGACAACAGUGUUUAUAUGUCAUCCGCCCAGUAAGAGAAAGUCAUCCUACGUUAGUUCAAUGCGUUGGGUGUUUAUUCAAUGAACGCCCGCCAUAUUCAACUGGGAGUUGCUGUCAAGCUGGCGUAAGCGACUAUUGUCCAAAAAGGGCAAUUAAAUGUAUUACGAACUAAACAAUUUAGACCGCCAUUGUGACACAUGAAAAGCUGGAUAAUCAAAAAAAAGGCAAAAUAGUUCCAUAGAAAUUCUCUGCGGCCUGACCGAAGAAUAGUUUGUGCAAAUAUAAGAGGAGACACGGCAGUCGGCUUAUUGCUCUUCUUAAAUUUCUCUACUAAAUGCUGUCCGAAUUCUAAAGACCAUCGUUGUCAGACUUUACUUUCUUUUCACAAUUUUUAAAAAUAAUUGUACAUCAGAAAUAUAAACUAAGAAUUCAACAAAUCUAGAUGCAUUAAAAAGUUACAUUUUACUGUUAUUGGUGUUUCUCUUAUAUCAUUAUUUAAGUUCAAUUUACAUGAAAUGUUAAUGAGUAUGAAAGGUAUUCAGAAUAUGUAGAUUCAGCAGCACUGUUAUUUAACCCUUUUGUAAAUAUUAUUAUCACUCUUGAUGGACAAAACGACCAAUCAGGAGCUGGUUCAAUUUUGAGGUUAGGACUGAACCAAAUCAGCUCGCGAUUGUAUAUUCUUCUCUUAAGUACAAUUCUUCUCAGAGGGCAUCCAUGUACUAGGCCACGCAAAAAUCUCGAGUUAUUCAUCAGCCUCAAUUUUCACAACUCACGCUUACCCUGCUCAUUUAUGUGGUCAAUUUAAUAUAUUAAUAUAUAUUUAAUACAUUUUCCUAGGGGCAGAUCACUUGUGGUGCAUUUUUAAAAAUCAGCGAAAUCAAAUGCAUUUGUUUCCAUCAAAAUAGAAACUCAUAAUGUAUUUUGCGUUGCGUGUAAGACGUCAAAACCCUACAAAAACUAGCCCUACUUUCAACAAAACGUCGAACAAGUUGGAUCAGCGUGGGACGUAUGUUAAACAAACUUUUCUGUAAGGGGCUGCAAAUUGUUGCAAAAAUGGAAGUUAAAUGCAUUUUUUUCUAAUUUGAUGCAAAUUUGUUGUACAUUCCUAGAAUAAUCUGCCCUUAGACAUUUUUUCAGCUUGAAAACUAAACCUAAAUUCUUCACGUACGAUAUGACCUUGGUACAUCAGUAUCUUGGUUUUCUUUAGCUCUGCGCAAUUUUCGAAAAAAAAUUGUAAUAUCUGCCAAUAUGAUAUAAGUGAUUGAAAAAAUGAACCACAUCAAAAAUAUCACAAUUGACAGUUGUACAACCAGCAGAUUAAAUCUGUUACAAUUCAACCGGAUUCUUUGUUUUGCUAAAUCGAGUCAUUUUGUUCAGUAUAUCAAACUGCCAUUUAAUUUAUAAGAUAUUUCGUAUUUCACACAGUUAGCCAGAUUUUCGUAGGCCAAUUGUAUAUACACCCAGAAUUCGACGGGUAUGUUUCUAUUACUUUUGGGUAAGAUUCUAUUGUCUUUUCGGUAACAGAC